AGGACAUAAUGGAAAUAUAUAAAAAUGCACAAUAUAAUAGAAAAAUUUGUGAUGCUUUUAUUGGUUGUAUAGAGGCUACUCAAACAUCCAUUAAACAUUUACAACAAAGGAAAGAGGAGGAAGAAACAUAUUAUAAAAACUUUGUGCAUUUUACUGAUAUUUUGAGAAAAGUAAAAGAUUUUCUUAAUUAUGUAACUCAACUUCAUGAACACAACAAAUCUAUUAAUACAAAUAAUGUUAGAGAAAAAUUUGAAUCACUUGCAAAGGAGUUUGAUGGUGUUAUGCAAGAUUUACAUUUCACACAAACUGUAUCUGCUCAAAGACAAAGUGCACUUGAAAGUAUAAAGGCAGUGAUUAAUGUAGUUGGUGUAGUCAGUGAAGCUGUUAAACCAUUUAUCCCACUGAUGGGUAUUGUAACUAUUUUGGUGGGGGAAAUAAUUAAAGUUUAUGAAAAUGCUCAAUAUAACAAAAAAAUUUGCAGUGCUUUUCUUGAUCGUGUAGAAGCUGCUCAAUCAUCA